UGUCAAUGAUGUCAUAUCACGCAGGUUGACGGAGUUUCGUAGAUGAUAUUUUACCUUUCCACAUUGGCUAUAAAGAGCGCGUUUAUUUGCUACGAGGAUUAUUCAUCGAGUUCACCCGAAACACAAUUCAGUAUUUGCAAGACUGUGAAGUGUGAAUAUCGUAUUUUGGAACGUUGUUACAAAAGUUAAUAUUUUUUCAGACAUACUUUUUUUACAAGUUCAUUAGUUUUUUAUAUCGGUCGGAUUGUAUUUUUUUAUUCGUAACCAAACUUUGCACAGUAAAUUAUUAGAACAAUGGAAAACGUGAAAUCGGGUGAUAACGUACUAAUUAUUUGGAAUAAUGAUAAUCAAAGCAGCAUCAGUAAUUUGGUGGAAGAAAUAAAAUCGUUAAUCGGAAAUGGAUCAGUUGUCCUCGAAAACUCUGAAAUGAUAACAGAAUCUUCCAGACCCCCAUCUUCAUAUGAGGCUGUGAUAUCAAACUGGCUGUCCCCACACACAGUAAAACACACUGACAAUAUCUUAGCCAUAAUUGUGAAACUCCUCAAGCCCAGUGGUAAAUUAAUUCUCAAAGAUACAACAGAUUUGACCAGUGCCCUUAAAUUAAAUGGUUUCGUUAAUGUCACAAAGUCUUCGGACAAUUUAUAUUUAGCUGAAAAACCUAAAUUUGAGGUUGGAUCCAAAGCCUCUUUAAAACUAAAUGGCAAACCCACUGUAUGGAAAAUUGACGAUACGGUUGAAGAAGCCUGGACCGGUGGUAAUGAUGAUGACCUUAUUGACGACAGUGAACUGUUAGAUGAAGAUGAUCUGAAGAAACCAGACCAGCAGUCAUUAAGAGUUUGCGCAACGACCGGCAAACGGAAAGCGUGUGCUGACUGUUCGUGUGGUCUGGCUGAGGAGCUGAAAGGAGAAGUCAAGGAUACACCGAAAUCUUCUUGUGGAAGCUGUUACCUCGGCGACGCGUUCCGUUGUGCGACCUGCCCGUACCUGGGUAUGCCAGCCUUCAAGCCCGGUGAGAAAGUCAAGCUGGAUCUCAACUCCGACAUAUGAACAAUCUCGACGGUAGCUCCUCUCAUAUAAACUAUAGUAUGUAUUACAAUUUGUGAUUAUUCAUAAUUGCUUUCAAUAAAAUUUAUAAAUAUA